CUUCUCAGUUCUUAGUUUCUCACUCCUUCGAUGUCUUCGGCCGAACUGAUUUAAAAUCGCUGUGGACGAUGGUGGAGGAGCUUCAAGGUUCCGAUCUGGUCGAUCCGCUACUCGACCGUUCUACCUUCUCUUUAUUUCCUCGAACGUUUGGGGAUUUGACGAAAGCUGCAGAUUCCCAGGAGCCCGACUUGGAAUCUGUCCACAAUUAUCUCAAAUCCAUGGCAUUAAGAAGCCCAAAUAAGCUUCUGGAACAGGCAAAUACAAUAUUGAAAAGUAAUUCAGAACUUCUGAAUUCUGAAUUACCUUUCCAAAUGUCAUCAAAAGGCAAAGUUGCUGCAAAAGGUAAUGAUCAUCCCCCAGAACGAAGGCCAGCAUUGAAUCGCAAGCGAGCUCGGUUUUCUUUGAAGUCUAUCACAAGUCAGCCGUCUCUUGAUGUGAAUCCAAGUUUAAACAUUGAUCAAUUGGAAGACCCAGAGGAAUACUUCAUAGCACAUGAAAAACUUGAAAAUGCCGAAAUGGAAUUACGGAAACAGAGAGGUGAUGCUCUGAUGGGCUCAUAUCAGUAUAAUCUGACCGAAACAACAAGGAGCCGUCGACCUGGACUGUUGGGGAAGAGAGCAAGUUAUAAACAUCAUCAUUCAUCGUUAGAUUCCGAGGGUGACGAGACAGUUGUAUCUUCACAAGGAAUUUUUGAAGUGGGCAUUUCUAGUCCAUCUAAGUAUGUUUCUGACCCAGAAACAACAGAUAAGCUUGGGGCACCAGAUGAAAGGAAAAUAUCUGGAGUAGAACAUGUUGAUGCCACUCAAGAAGAAGAUUCAAUAGCUCAGAUGGAGGAGAGAAUUGGGAAUCAUUUGGAUGAAUUGCUAUCUGCUGACUGUAUGGACCUAGAUAAGAAUGGAGUGGUCACUUUCCUGCAGGAGCGCUUUCAGUUUAAACCAAUCAAUUUGGACAAAUUAACUCUCCCUGGCUUGGACUCUAUCAUAAGAAAUGAUCUUGAGGCACCAGUGGAGCAGUUAGCGAAGCCAAGAAAGGCGCUGGCAGAUAUACAUAAUACAAUCAAAAGGGCACACCGCAAAACAUCUGAUGAACAUAGGAAACUUUUAGGAGUCUCAGAUUGUCCACAGGCUUCACCUCCUCCACAAAAGAGUCCACUUGCAUCAUUGUCUUUCUUACAGAGGCGCGUUUCACAUAUGACUUCACCAAGUGAACCUUUCUUGGCCUUUGGUAGUGAUAUCUUGCCAGCUAGACGUUCCUCCAGUGUUGAAGGCAUUGGCAAACAAGAUAUUCCACCAGAUUUUGUUACUGAUCACCUUGAUGCUCGUACUAAUACCCCUGCAGAGGUUGACGGAAAGGGAUCGUGUGCUUCUGUUGAACUGCAGUCAAAACUGAUAGGAAAGGAGGGCAACACUGCAGCCAAUAAUGUGGAUUCAGGAAAGAUGGGGAUAGAAUAUUUGGCUUCUUCAUUGGAUAGGCCGGUGGAUGAAAACCCAAAUGUGCAAGAUACAAGUACGGAUGUCACGUCAAAUGGAUCUGAAGGUUGCUUUGAGGACAAGGUAGAAGAUGUUCUGCAGGAAGUAAUGACUUCCGAACAGCCUGAAGUCAUUGUUGAAGGUCUAACUGUGGACCCACUGCAUUGCAGUGACAGUCAGUUAGAUCAAUUGGAUCCUACUGCAGGUCAACAUUGUUCAGUGGAUGGACAUGCAGAUACCAGAGACAUCCCUCUUGAACAAAAUGAUGAGGAAAAUGAGCUAAAUUCUGGAACACAGCCUAACAUUCAUACCAAACCUAAAUCGCAGGCACGCAAGAGAGGAAAAAGAACAAGAGCUUCUCCCAGGCAGAGCCUUGCAGGAGCUGGUUCUUUGUGGGAAUCUGGGGUAAGACGAAGCAACAGAAUCAAGAUAAAACCUUUGGAGUGGUGGAAUGGCGAGCGAUUUUUGUAUGGACGCAUACAUCGAAGUCUUGAAACAGUAAUAGGGUUGAAGUAUGUGUCUCCAGCAAAGGAUGGAGGAAAACCCUCAAUCAGGGUGAAAUCAUAUGUAUCGGAUGAAUACAAACACCUUGUAGAACAAGCAGGUUUGCACUAGAUGUUUGCACCAACAUGCAUUGUAUCUCGAUCUUUCUCUUGGUGUGCCUGGCGGUUAUGAGCUGUAGCUUAAGCAGAAGUAGAUGUGUAUGCUCCAUGUUUGUAUUCUUGGUUAACAAUGUAAUUUGAAAAAUACUCCAAGCUUCUAUAAUUGACAUUUUCUGUUAUCUAUCC